AUGUCGUCCAAGGGCGGCAAAUUCGUGCACUGCGUAGGCGCACCCGAAUUUGAUCCAAAGGCCUACGCGGAAGACAGAGAACGUCACGAGAAAGCGAACCAGCUCUUGGCCCAAAACAACCUCUACUCCGCCGUCAACCUCUCCUUCGGCAUCGACCCUAGGCGCGACACCUACGUAUACCAUGCCAUGACUUCAGUCCGUCUCCCGCAGGUUCAGGAAAUCGUGAACAUGGGGGGGAAGAACGGUCUUCAUGCGUGGUAUCGUGAUGACGAGGGGAAACCUCUCGACCCUCCUCCUCAAGCUGACGUAGAGGCCUAUGUCUCCAUCUUCCUCCCGACAACUCUUACAUCAUCUGCUCUGAAAUCGUUCCUGUCAAACGCAAAAAAGUCCUCCCUCCGCUUCGAGAUCGCCUCUCACCUCACCGCCCACCGCUACAUCCACCCAUCCCUGGCCACCACCCUCGCAAUCCCGAAAUGCAAAAAGGCAACCUCCUGCCCACCAAACCCCUAUGUCGAUUUCUGGGCGUGGUCAUGCCGGAAUCUCGAAUGGGCCGGGCCGCACCCUGCCUCCGCCAAACGCAUGCAGUCUCACCACGUCCUCCCCAUCUUCAUGCACCACUUCGGCUGUGCCACACCUUCCCACGAAGCCCUCUCCAUACUAAAGACACUCUUGGCAGGAAGGGCCGUCGCCGACAUGGGGUCUGGCAACGGGUACUGGACAUUCAUGCUACGCCUCUACGGCGUCACCGCGUUCCCCGUAGACAACAUGCAGUCAGAGUGGCGCGUCAACUGGGUUUCCGACACGGAGAUCGCCGACGGCGUCAAGUGGCUCAAGAAACGCGACUCGGGCAGGGACCUCGCGUUGCUGCUUGUGUACCCCGUCGUCGGCGGUGGUGUGGCGGGCGGCGAGGAGGGUGGAUUCACCAGGGGCCUGGUUGAGGCGUAUGAGGGCGACACUAUUGCGGUCGUUGGCACGCAGAACGGGAACGGGUACACGGGAUUCAAAGGCGUCACAAUGGAUCAAUACAUGGAGAGGGAACACAAGGAGUGGACCAAGGUGGUGCAAAUUCCGCUGCCGAGUUUCGCCGGAAAAGAUGAGGCUUUGUUUGUCUUCCAACGAGAGAGAGCUCCAAAGGAUGUGGCUUCGAAGGAGUGA